AUGACGGAAUUCAUUUUAAUUGGCUUCCAAGUCCCCAAGUCAGAGGCAAACCUCCUCUUUGUGGUGCUUCUUGCAGUGUUCCUGUUAACACUAGCUGGGAACAUAAUCAUCAUCACCCUCAUCUGCCUUGCCCAGCAACUCCAAACAGCCAUGUACUUCUUCCUUGGCAAUUUCUCCCUCUUGGAGAUCCUCUAUGUCCUGACACUCACCCCUAAGAUGUUGGUGGAUCUGGUUUCCUUGAACAAAACCAUCUCUUUCCUUGGCUGUGCUGCUCAAUGCUAUUUCUACUUCCUCCUUGGCACUGCCGAGUUCAUCCUCAUCUCUGUGAUGUCAUUUGACCGUUAUGUUGCCAUCUGCCACCCACUUCACUAUGCCAUCAUUAUGAACAGUCGUGUCUGCACUUGGUUGGUCCUAGGUUGUUGGAUGGGUGCUUUCCUCUCGACCAUUGGCCCCAUUGUCCUGCUCUUCCAAUUAAACUUCUGUGCCUCUAAUGUCAUCAACCAUUUCUUCUGUGACUAUGCACCAAUAAUAAAGCUAUCUUGCAAUGAUGUACAUUUCAUCCUAGCCUUGGAGUCAAUCCUGUCUACAAUCGUACUGCUCAGUUCAUUGUCUGUCACUGGUGUCUCUUAUGCCUACAUUAUCACCACCAUUGUACGUAUGCAGUCUACCAAAGGCCGUCUAAAAGCAUUUUCCACCUGCACAUCCCACCUUACUGUAGCCUCCACCUUCUACGGCUGUUCUAUUUUCUUGUACUGUUUGCCUGCUCAAGGACACUCCCAGGAUGUCCAGAAGGCAGUAGCUGUACUCACAGCUGUUGUGACUCCUUUAUUCAACCCUUUUAUAUAUACUCUGAGAAAUGAGAAGGUGAAGGAGGCCUUGAGAGACUGUCUGAAGAGGUCAACGUUAAAAUUGUAA